AUGCCUAUUCCUGACCUCUCACACAACUACCUCACAGGUCCCCUUGCAAUCACCACGCAAUUCAAAAUGGACCUGGCAAGCAACUACCUGUCGGGGGCUCUAUCAAAAUCCAGCUGCCACCAGCACAACAUCAUCGCCAAUUGCUUCACACUGCACAAUGCCUGUAGCUCUCAGCUGCAAAGGCCAGCAGCAGAGUGCAUGGCGUUUUGCGGCAUCACCAACGCUACUUCUGCGUGUGAUGGUCAAGGUCAAGUUCGUGCGACUAGUUAUCCAGACGGGCCGAGCUUGGUGCCGGCGUGUAUGUGUGACUCGGGGUUUCUGCACCUUCAAGGACACACCUGCGUUGCUGAAGGCUGGGUGAAGGCGCUCCCUACCAGAGGCGCUAUUCUCCCUCCUUUCACCGCGCUCACCAAAGGAACCACGCGGGAAACGGCAGGGAAGUUCAUGGCAAAGCCACUGACCCUGUUUGCAUACCCGACCGCCAUGACCCAGACCCAGCGAUGCGGUGUGGAGCUCGCUUUCUCUGUCAACUUCACCUUCUCCCUCGUUCCCCAGUCUGGCGCUGCAGGGUCCAACGGCUUUGCGUUUGUGAUUGCAGCCAAGGCCAAGGUGGGGAAGGGUGACGGCGUGGGGUAUGGCGGGGUGGGAGCGCGGAGCCUAGCGGUGGAGUUUGACACGUUUCAGAAUGGCAACCACAGCGACGUGAGCAGGCAGCACGUGGGGUUGAACAUCAACGGCUUGGAUCGAUCCGUGGUCUCUGAGCUGUCUCCAUACACUCUCACCGAUGGCAAUGCGUACACGGCAUGGGUGGACUAUGAGCCUGGAAACCCCGGCAGCAUCCAGGUGUUUCUAGCUGACUCCAGGAUAAAGCCACAGGAGCCGCUGCUGCAGAAAGAGUUCUCUCUGUGUGCGGUGCUCCAGGGUGGUGUGCGGCAGGGCGCAUUUUUCUUUGGGUUUGUGGCGUCCACUACGGUGAAGCCGUUCCAGCUGCAUGGCAUUGUGCGCUCUGCGGUGCAAACAGGCGUUUUUCCACCCAAGUCAGUCCGCAUCAAAGAGCAAGCCCGCGGCCUCGCACUCUCAUCGGCCACAUACGCGCCACGGCGAGCCAGCCCGUUCAUGCGGUAUGUGAGCACGGACUACGAGCUGGCGUCCAACAGUGACGACUCGUGGCGCAUCCGUGACUUCCACACCUGGAACUCCUUGGACUUCCUCCAAUGGCCCGUCAAGGAUCAGGCCGAUUGCAAUGCAUGCUGGGCGUACGCGGUAGUGGCGAGCAUAGAAGCAGCAUACGGCAUUGCACGGCAUGAGAGUGCUCCCCAGCUAUCAGUGGAGCCACUCUUCGCAGCCUCAGGGCUGGCUGAUUCCGACAAGUGCUCCGCUGGAGGCUCACCCACUGAGGCUUUUGAGAAGCUCGUCGCUCUUGAUGCUGGGAGUGGGCUGACUGGGGUCAGUGAUUGGACAGCAAAGUACCCCAUCCAGGGCUUUGAGCGCACAUCGUUCAAGGGGUAUGUGGGGCUCAUGCUGGCGGUGCGGCGGCAACCAGUGGUGGUUCACAUCGAGGCUUCCGCUGACACGUUUGUUGGCUACGACGGGACGUUCAAGUACCAGGAUCCGGAGUGCUACACCGGCAAUCUGAACCACGUUGUACUCGUUGUUGGCUACCUCAUUAAUAGAAACGACGGCAGCCAGAACCGCAUUGCUCCGCCGUUUUGGAUUAUCCGCAACUCAUGGGGAGAGGAGUGGGGAGACAGGGGCCACAUGCGCAUGGACAUUCAGGGAGGGGAUGGCGUGUGUGGCAUCAACGUGCUGCCUGGCAUCUACCCCAUUGUCAAGAUGGAUGUGUGUGGGUCAUACGUGGGCGCAUGCAUCAACGAUGGCAGAGGCUCCUACGCUUGCAUCUGCCCUCCCAACUACGUUGAAAGCUCAACUGUAUUUGACACCCCCAGAUGCGAUCCAGCUAACAGCACAGCCACCAACAUGACAGUCACUGGAGACAACUGGUUAUGCUCAGAUGUUUAUCCCCUUGUUGGACUCUCACUGGCUGAUUUCACACUCCACAAUGCGGCUAUAGACUGCAGUGGGCCACUGCCCAGAGGCACCGUCCUCCAAGUGAAUGGCACACCCGCCACACCCUGCACUGCCUUCUUCUACUCCCUCCAUGGAGAGCUCUGUUCCACCAUCAGCGAUCUCACCAACUUGGACGAAGCUUCCCUUCCCGCGCUCAACCCCGGCCUUGACUGCUCCACGCCCAUCAAUGCGGGCCAUUCGGUGUGCAUUGAGCGCAACGCUGCAUUCGCGUUCACCGUUCCCGAGUGUGUGAAGCACGGCAUACUCACUCCUCAAGACACGUGCGACCGGCUGCUUCAGAGGACCGUCAGUGAGCCUAACCUGAGCGCUGACCACUGGGCUGAGCUGUACCGCAACAACCCUGGCCUGACUUGUGCUGACAGUAUCCCUGCCUCUGCCUCUGUUGUUGGCAGCAAGAUUGGUGUGCAGGUUUGUCUUCGGGCGGAUUAUUGGUCUUUCAAGCUGGGAUUCUGCAAGAAGGGGAGGGUCAAGCCAGUCUCGCCAUCAAUGGCAUGUUCAGCUGCUUACCGAUUUUACAGCGGAGCCACAACCACAGCUAUAUCAAGAUUCUACGAGUAUAAUGCUAGACUCCUUCGAUGCGGAGGAUCGAUAUCCGAAGAAGCCUUCGUCACAGUCGUCAUCACUGACCUCGGUCCUCAUUGGUGCUCCACUCGAGCUAUUCUCCGAGCUCACGGGAAGAUCUCCGAAACGGCACUCUUUCGCUUUUCAUACUCAACGACGCUACAACAACAACAACAACAACAACAACAACAACAACAACAACAACAACAACAACAACAACAACAACAACAACAACAACAACAACAACAACAACAACAACAACAACAACAACAACAACAACAACAACAACAACAACCGGCAAAACAAACAUCAAGCACAACGACACAGGGACUUGGUUACAACUUACUCAGCAUCAGCCAAUUGAUGGCAAAGGGAAUUCAUCGCGAAGCAGACAGCACCACUCAGGAGUUCAAGCUGUACCACGGGAAGGGUGGACUCUACAUCAGCAAAGCAGUCCUGAAGAAUAAUGUCUUCGUCCUUGACUUCGUUCCAGACCAAGGCACCGCCGACAGCGACGCCAUCGUCAACUUCACCUCUUGGACACACCCGCCAGAUCUCGACCCCGACUUUAGUCCUGGAGGAUUCUGGUACUCACAUACUAUACCUGAGGCAGAACGAACAAGAGCGUUAGCAACAAUUCGACAAACAUCAGCAGAGACAACAUCAGCAGCAGCAGAAACAACAUCAGCAGCAGCAGAGACAACAUCGGCAGUAGCAGAGACAACAUCAGCAGUGGCAGAAAUAACAUCGGUAGCAGCGAUAGCAGAAACGCCACCGGCUACAACACCAAUUGCUGGUCCUUCAAGAGCACCAGUCCUCAUCGUCGAUACGCCACCGACUCCCGCACAGCAGCUAGCUCCCACUCCACGAGAAAUCUACAGAAGCACCAACUUCACCGCAGGCUUCUACUCCAACUCCGACCUGUGCAGGCGUUCACCAGGACACCGCGCCAGCGAAUCAAUCUAG